CACUCAUGGCUGAUCAAAUUAAGAAUGUGGAAAUGACAUCCCUAGCUUCUGACCAUCCAGAAACAAAGUAUGGAUUGCCGGCUGCCAGAUAUGAUAAAUGGGCAAAGGACGUACAAAAGCGUAAGGAAACUCAUCCGUUUGAAGAAAGACGAAUUGGUUGGAUUAUGCCCAAACCCGAUUACAAGGUAGUCUGCUGUGGGCAGAGUUGGGGCGAUCUGUUUUUUAUUCUCUUUUUAAUGUUGGUUUUUUAUGGCGUAAACGCUCUGAUAGUUGUUAUUUUGUGGAAUAUUACUUCUCUCGAUUUCGUCUUGGUAUCGUAGUCACUUUAUUUUAUGCUUCAUUGUAGGUACAUAUAUGGGAUCAUUGGAAUCGUUGGUUUAAUUUGUUUAUUCUCCCUGGUGGCGUAUAAUGGGAAAAACGUGGACAAUCGCCGCUUGGAGGAACUUGCAGAUGGUAUUU